UAGGGAUGGAGUUCCCUGUGGACGUGUUGGGGUCAGUGAGACAUGAGGAGGAGGAGCAGGCAGCGGAGGGCUACAUGACCGAGCUACGAUACGUCAGCCCCGACAAGGCCGAGAGCUUUACCCUGCCCAGCCACAGAAUGGUAGACACCUACAGUACUACAUGCACUGUUCGUUUAGUCGACUCUAACCCCAUGUCUCUCUCGCUCUCCCUCAGAUCCAUAUCAGUCUGUGUAAUGUUGGUUUUGUUCCCAUCUAUGGAGGAGACCUGAAGCACAAGAUUCUGGCCCUGUUCGCCCCAGAGGACCAGCUCACAGGUACAACACAUCCCUCCCUCAGCACAGAAAACGAGUCUCUAGCCUAGCCUCUUGUUUGGAUUCUAACCAGACAUCAUACUCAUCUAACUCUCUCUCCUCCCUCUCCCUCCUCCCUCCAGCGGUAGCUCUGUUUCUGGCGGGUCAGUGGUGGUCUGUAGAGGACAUCCUCAGAACCUCCGACCCCUCCAGAACCGGCCUCCUCAAGGUUCACACACUGCAACACAUUCAACACAAGAUGAUUGUUGAGUUGACACAUGGAGAAACAUAAAGCUAGCACAUUGAAACACACAAACACAAGGUGUCACAAAGCGACUCUGUAGAGGUAGGAUAUUGGGUUUGUCUGUCUGGUGUGAGGAGAGGCUCAGUCUGACGGGAUGUAAGGGAGGACGCACAGGAUCAACAUGACUGAGAUCAUACUAACACACACAGACACACACUACCCUGCCAUGUUUAUCUACCCCAUGAAAUGCAUAAUGACAUUGUUCUGAACAGAAUUUCAAGCUCUGCAUGUCUGGUGUGUGUGUGUGUACAGUGUGUGUGUGUGUGUGUGUCAGUUUGCCCUGCAACUGGUUCUGAUUAGCAUGGAACAAUAGAGAAACACACAGCGUGCACAUGUACACACUCACACACACACACACUGUUAGGAAGUGUGUUACGGUGGUAUAAAACUAGGAGCGGUGUUCAGGGCCAUGAUCCAAACCCACAGUUAAACGUCAGUACUGUUCUGUUUGGCAGAGCUACAGAGCUGUAAAAACACUCACUUCAACAUUUUAGUGGGAGGAGAAAGACUACUUAUGCCAUGUACUGAGCCAAGGCACUUCUGAUUUGUGUGUGUCCUACUACAGCACAUGUAGAUUGAACAGAAAGGAAAGUGUGUGUGUGUGUUUCAGGUAAGAACUUCUGAGGAGAGGUGUGUGUGUGUGUUAACUUAACAUUUAGUUAAGUGACAGUCUGUAUCUGCGUGUGUCCCAGGUGAGGAGUCUUGGUGAGCGGAUCGUCCUGUACAUUCUGAACCGUAUCGUGUACCGCGUGGGUGAGAUGGACAAACCUGAGGUGCCCUUCCUGUGCCACGGACAGAACCACUUCGCCAAGCUCCUCUGGAAGGAUGGACACGCCAUCGGUUUCUACUCUGUCAAACCCAAAGGUGAGCGGUCUUUGUCUGGUCAAACUGUCAAGUUGAGCGGUCAUCUUUUGGGGGGGAGGGGGGGGUAGACGGAUUACUGUUAUACUAUUCCAGGUAUUCCUUAAAGAGGUAGGGUUUCAAGUGUCUCUGGAAGGUGGUCAGUGUACAACAGUUCAUUUAAUCUGUUUUUAUUAGAUCCACAUUGAGACGGGCAGAUCACCAGAAUGUUUUACCAAAUUUUUGUUUGACUUUGAAAUGUUCUCAAAUCGGGGAAAUGUUCCAGCAAUGUAUUAUGAAUCCAGACUUAAGUUUUGAAUCCGGACUUCAGAUUUGAUUUCUCGCAACGUAUCUUGAGUUUGAUUAUCCUGUGUUCAUAUAGCAUUAAUCAAUCAUGUAUCAAUCAAUUAUAGCAUACCUUCAAGACAUGAACUAACAGUAAAUCUCUUCCUCUCUCUCCAGACAGCUUGUGUAAUGGCUUUGUGACCCAACGCUACCAGCUGCCUGUCAUGGACUCCAUCUUUGUCAGGAAGUGUCAUCGUGGAAACAGUCAUGGCCUGCAGAUGCUGGAGGACUUUGUGGACUCUUUCAAAGAUGACCAGCUCGGCCUGAAGUAUCCUCUCUCUCUAACCAUGUAUAAAGGUUAGUAGUACCCUCUCUCUCUAACCAUGUAUAAAGGUUAGUAGUAGUACCCUCUCUCUCUAACCAUGUAUAAAGGUUAGUAGUAGUACCCUCUCUCUCUAACCAUGUAUAAAGGUUAGUAGUAGUACCCUCUCUCUCUAACCAUGUAUAAAGGUUAGUAGUACCCUCUCUCUACUCAUCUCUACCGUAGUCUAUAACUAUACAACUUUGCAACCCAUAAAUAAAUAAAUCGGUCAAUCAAAGUGUACCAUCUCUCUCUGAACUGCAGUGUGUGGCCAGUAUCUGUGUCGGUACCCAGCUGACCAGGACCUGCUGUGGGUGGUAGAGGGAGUGGGAGGACCCUACCAGAGAGAGAGUAUGGCCAGCAAGAUCAAAGCACUGAAAGGUACGGACACAGUAGCUGGAGAUAUACAGCGAUGAACUCCCAUCACCAUGAUCUAACACCCAAGGGCCUGUCAAGGAGGAUGUGACGUUAUAGGACCUUCAGAUAGAAAUGUGUUAUGUAGAACCUAUAUAAUUGUCUGUCAUGAAGAAUAGUGAAUUGCGACAACAGCUCUAUUCAUUACAUUUCUAUCGCUCUGGAAUCCAACUGAUCCAUCGGGACCUUAGCAGGAUGAUAGCAGUCCCGAUUAGCUCUGCUGUAUUUGUAUUUGUAUUUAUUAUGGAUCCCCAUUAGCUGCUGCCAAGGCUCUUCCUGGGGUCCAGCAAAAUGAAGGCAGUUAUACAUUUUAAAAACAUUACAAUACAUUCAUAACAGAUUUCACAACAUAUUAAGCCCUCAGCCCUCAGGCCUCUACUCUACUACCACAUAUCUAUAACACAAAAUCCAUGUGUACGUGUGUAUAUUACGUAUGCUAUCGUGUGUUUGUAUGCAUGUGUCUAUGUUUGUGUUGCUUCCACUGUUCCAUAAGGAGUAUUUUUAUCUGUUUUUUUACUACUUGCAUCAGUUACUUGAUGUUGAAUAGAGUUCCAUGUAGUCAUGGCUCUAUGUAGUACUGUGCGCCUCCCAUAGUCUGUUCUUGACUUGGGGACUGUGAAGAGACCUCUGGUGGCAUGUCUUGUGGGGUAUGCAUGGGUGUCCGAGCUGUGUGCCAGUAGUUCAGACAGCUCGGUGCAUUCAACAUGUCAAUACCUCUCACAAAUACAAGUAGUGAUGAAGUCAAUCUCUCCUCCACUUUGAGCCAGGAGAGAUUGACAUGCAUAUUAUUAAUGUUAGCUCUCUAUGUACAUCCAAGGGACAGCUGUGCUGCCCUUUUCUGAGCCAAUUGCAAUUUUCCUAACUCCCUCUUUGUGGCACUUGACCACACGACUGAACAGUAGUCCAGGUGCGACAAAACUAGGGCCUGUAGGACCUGCCUUGUUGAUAGUGCUGUUAAGAAUGCAGAGCAGCGCUUUAUUAUAGACUUCUCCCCAUCCUAGAUACUGUUGUAUCAAUAUGUUUUGACCAUGACAGUUUACAAUCCAGGGUUACUCCAAGCAAUUUAGUCUCCUCAACUUGCUAAAUUCCCACAUUAUUCAUUACAAGAUUUAGUUGAGGUUUAGUAAAUUAUUUGUCCCAAAUACAAUGCUGUUAGUUUUUGAAAUAUUUACUUUAAAAAAACAAACAUUUUAGUCAUUUAGCAGACGCUCUUAUCCAGAGCGACUUACAGUUAGUGAGUGCAUACAUUUUUUCAUACUGGCCCCCCGUGGGAAUCGAACCCACAACCCUGGCGUUGCAAAUGCCAUGCUCUACCAACUGAGCUACACAGGGCCCAACUGAGCUACACAGGCUACAUUUAGGGCUAACGUAUUCCUUACCAGCCAUUCUGAAACGAACUGCAGCUCUUUGUUAAGUGUUGCUGUCAUUUCAGUUGCUGUGGUAGCUGACGUGUAGUGUUGAGUCAUCCGCAUACAUAGGCACACUGGCUUUACUCAAAGCCAGUGGCAUGUCAUUAGUAAAGAUUGAAAAAAGUAAGGGGCCUAGACAGCUGCCCUGGAGAAUUCCUGAUUCUACCUGGAUUUUGUUGGAGAAUCUUCCAUUAAAGAACACCCUCUGUGUUCUGUUAGACAGGUAACUCUUUAUCCACAAUAUAGCAAGGGGUGUAAAGCCAUAACACAUACGUUUUUCCAGCAACAGACUCUGAUCGAUAAUGUCAAAAGCCGCACUGAAGUCUAACAAAACAGCCCCCACAAUCUUUUUAUCAUCAAUUUCUCUCAGCCAAUCAUCAGUCAUUUGUGUAAGUGCUGUGCUUGUUGAAAGCCCUUCCCUAUAAGUUUGCUGAAAGUCUGUUGUUAAUUUGUUUACUGUAAAAUAGCAUUGUAUCUGGUCAAACGAUUGUUUCCCCAAAAGUUUACUAAGGGUUGGUAACAGGCUGAUUGGUUGGCUAUUUGAGCCUGUUAAGGGGGCGUUACUAUUCAUAGGUAGGGGAUUAACUUUUGCUUCCCUCCAGGCCUGAGGGCACACACUUUCUAGUAGGCUUAAAUUGACGAUAUGGCAAAUAGGACUGGCAAUCUGGUCCGCUAUUAUCCUCAGUCAUUUUCCAUCCAAGUUGUCAGACCCCGGUGGCUUGUCAUUGUUGAUCGACAAUAGUAAUAUUUUCAACUCUUCCACAUUUACUUUACGGAAUUCAAAAUUACAAUGCAUGUUUUUCAUAAUUUGGUCAGAUAUACUUGGAUGUGUAGUGUCAGCGUUUGUUGCUGGCAUGUCAUGCCUACAUUUGCUAAUCUUGCCAAUGAAAAAAUCAUUAAAGUAGUUGGCAAUAUCAGUGAGUUUUGUGAUGAAUGAGCCAUCUGAUUCAAUGAAUGAUGGAGCGGAGUUUGCCUUUUUGCCCAAAAUUUCAUUUAAGGUGCUCCAAAGCUUUUUACUAUCAUUCUUUGUCAUUUAUCUUUGUUUCAUAGUGUAGUUUCUCCUUCUUUUCAUUCAGUUUAGUCACAUGAUUUCUUAAUUUGCAGUACGUUUGCCAAUCGGUUGUUCAGCCAGACCUAUUUGCCAUCUCUUUUGCCUCAUCCCUCUCAACCAUACCAUUUUUCAAUUCCUCAUCAAUCCACAGGGAUUUAACACUUUUUACAGUCAUUUUCUUAAUGGGUGCAUGCUUAUUAGUAACUGGGAUAAGCAAUUUCAUAAAUGUGUCAAGUGCAGCGUCUGGUUGCUCGUCAUUACACACCACAGACCAACAAAUAUUCUUCACAUCAAAAACAUAGGAAUCACUACAAAACUUAUUGUGUGACCUCUUAUACACAAUAUUAGGCCCAGCCUUUGGAACUUUGGUUUUCCUAGAAAUGGCUACUAUAUUGUGAUCACUACAUCCGAUGGAUUUGGAUACUGCUUUCAAAUAAAUUUCUGCAGCAUUAGUAAAGAUAUGAUCAAUACAUGUUGACGAUUUUGUUCCUGUACUGUUUGUAACUACCCUGGUAGGUUGAUUGAUAACCUGAAACUUUCUCUUGAGUGGGCUGCCUGAUGAAAGCCAGUCGAUAUUUAAAUCACCCAGAAAGUAUACCUCUCUAUUGAUAUCACAUAUAUUAUCAAGCAUUUCACACAUAAUCCAGAUACUGACUGUUAGCACUUGGUGGUCUAUAGCAGCUUCUCACCAGAAUGGGCUUUAGGUGAGGCAGGUGAACCUGUAGCCAUAUUACUUCAACAGUAUUUAACAUGAGAUCCUCUCUAAGCUUUACAGGAAUGUGGUUCUGAAUAUAGACCGCAACACUGCCCCCGUUGGCAUUUGUCUUUUUCUGUAAAUGUUAUAACCUUGUAUUGCUACCACUGUAUCAUCAAAUGGAUUAUAUACAGUGAGGGAAAAAAGUAUUUGAUCCCCUGCUGAUUUUGUAUGUUUGCCCACUGACAAAGAAAUGAUCAGUCUAUAAUUUCAAUGGUAGGUUUAUUUGAACAGUGAGAGACAGAAUAACAACAAAAUAAUCCAGAAAAACGCAUGUCAAAAAUGUUAUAAAUUGAUUUGCAUUUUAAUGAGGGAAAUAAGUAUUUGACCCCCUCUCAAUCAGAAAUAUUUCUGGCUACCAGGUGUCUUUUUAUACAGGUAACAAGCUGAGAUUAGGAGCACACUCUUAAAGGGAGUGCUCCAAAUCUCAGUUUGUUACCUGUAUAAAAGACACCUGUCCACAGAAGCAAUCAAUCAAUCAGAUUCCAAACUCUCCACCAUGGCCAAGACCAAAGAGCUCUCCAAGGAUGUCAGGGACAAGAUUGUAGACAUACACAAGGCUGGAAUGGGCUACAAGACCAUCGGCAAGCAGCUUGGUGAGAAGGUGACAACAGUUGGUGCGAUUAUUCGCAAAUGGAAGAAACACAAAAUAACUGUCAAUCUCCCUCGACCAUGCAAGAUCUCACCUCGUGGAGUUGCAAUGAUCAUGAGAACGGUGAGGAAUCAGCCCAGAAAUACACAGAAGGAGCUUGUCAAUGAUCUCAAGGCAGCUGGGACCAUAGUCACCAAGAAAACAAUUGGUAACACACUACGCCGUGAAUGACUGAAAUCCUGCAGCACCCGCAAGGUCCCCCUGCUCAAGAAAGCACAUAUACAUGCCCGUCUGAAAUUUGCCAAUGAACAUCUGAAUGAUUCAGAAGAGAACUGGGUGAAAGUGUUGUGGUCAGAUGAGACCAAAAUGGAGCUCUUUGGCAUCAACUCAACUCGCCGUGUUUGGAGGAGGAGGAAUGCUGCCUAUGACCCCAAGAACACCAUCCCCACCGUCGAACAUGGAGGUGGCUUUGGGGGUGUUUUUCUGCUAAGGGGACAGGACAACUUCACCGCAUCAAAGGGAUGAUGGACGGGGCCAUGUACCGUCAAAUCUUGGGUGAGAACCUCCUUCCCUCAGCCAGGGCAUUGAAAAUGGGUCGUGGAUGGGUAUUCCAGCAUGACAAUGACCCAAAACACACGGCCAAGGCAACAAAGGAGUGGCUCAAGAAGAAGCACAUUAAGGUCCUGGAGUGGCCUAGCCAGUCUCCAGACCUUAAUCCCAUAGAAAAUCUGUGGAGGGAGCUGAAGGUUCGAGUUGCCAAACAUCAGCCUCGAAACCUUAAUGACUUGGAGAAGAUGUGCAAAGAGGAGUGGUCAAAAUCCCUCCUGAGAUGUGUGCAAACCUGGUGGCCAACUACAAGAAACGUCUGACCUCUGUGAUUACCAACAAGGGUUUGCCACCAAGUACUAAGUCAUGUUUUGCAGAGGGGCCAAAUACUUAUUUCCCUCAUUAAAAUGCAAAUCAAUUUAUAACAUUUUUUACAUGCGUUUUUCUGGAUGUUUUUGUUGUUUUUCUGUCUCUCACUGUUCAAAUAAACCUACCAUUAAAAUGAUAGACUGAUCAUUUCUUUGUCAGUGGGCAAACGUACAAAAUCAGCUGGGGAUCAAAUACUUUUUUCCCUCACUGUAAGUGAGUUUCAGAGAAUGUCAGAAUAUGAAUAUCAUCUGUUACUAGCAAAUUAUUGAUUUCAUGAACCUUGUUUCUUAAGCUACAUAUGUUAACGUGGGCUAUUUUUAACACUUUUCUGGGAUGCUUGAUUAUUUUUCUUGCUUUACUGGGAAGCUUAGCAGAGGUAGACAUACCCUGGUUAUUUUUAUUAGUGCAGGGUGUGCUGCACACAGUGGACUUCCUGCUAGGGCACACCACCUCAUUGCUAACAGUAUUACUCUGGUUCAUAGGCAUAUGAUUACUGAAUAGAAUAGCUGCAGGAUCAGUCAGCAGAGGCAUUCCUGGCAGAAAGGGGAACAUAAAUUAGGUUAUUUACAUUGUGUCUUCCAACGCCCCUAGGAUAAUGUACAUUUGCUGAAUCAUUAUGACAACUCAGCGACACAAUGGUAGGGAUUAAAUGAGCUGGACCUGGGUCAUUGAUAAGUCAUUGUCUCAACGCAGCCUUAUAAUGCUGUGAAAGGAUCCAGGAACCCACAUUUAUUUUGGUGGAUCCCAUCCUCCUUAUAAUAUGAGCUUUGUUUCCAGAAGGUAUCAAAAUUGUCAAUAAAUGUUACACCCACAGAGCUGCAAUAGUCUCAUAGCCAAAAAGUCUGCUGAACCGUUCAAUGCCACGAUUUAGGGAGGGCAGAGGGCCAGAUAUUAUGGGGCGUUUGUUGGUGUCAAGUAGAGACCCAAUCAGUUCUUUAAAAUCCAUCUUCAGCUGUUCUGAGCUUUCCUUCAUAAUGUCAUUUGACCCCACAUAUGAACCAUGACAGUAUCAGCCCCUGGUGACUGACGCACAGCCUCGGGAAGCAACCUGGUGAUAUCCUGAACUUUUGCCCCAGGAAAACACAAAGUCUUUGCCCCAGGUACAGAUAUAUGCCUCCCGUGUCUCGAAGCAGAUUGCGAGGCCAGAGCCACAGAACUCACCUGAGAAGAGGGCUGCUGUGACGCCAGCUGCGUGCCGGCCACAACCGCCAAAGGGACAGAGCUCUGAUCCAGAGAGCACUGCCCAGCGGAGGGGUGCCGCGUUGGUCCAGGCUGUGCCCAGGCAGUUGAUUGACUAGGACAGGGAGAGAUAGCUGGAGGGUCAUCCACAGCCAUGGAGGGAACACCCAAGCUCCCGGCAGAAGACAGCUGGUACAGGGGCUCAAAGCGAUUUGAAAGUCUUAAGUCCGGUCGCGGGGGAAGAAGGCAGGCGCGCCAAGAACGAUUCUUCUACUUCUUUCUGGUUCCGACACGCAUCCAUUUACGCUCACCUGGUGUCGAACAGUGAGCAGCCAUUUUCUGGUUCAAGCUGGUAGAGGGGUGCAGUGGUGGAAAUUGAUCAUAAUCCAGGAAGGUCCCAUUAUGAUCCUCUUGGAUGUUUUGAUAGGAAGCAUUUAAAUAUGCCGAUAGUCUCAGAAUCGUUAUUCAGUUCAAGGCGCAUGGUCAAAUUUUUUCAUUUCUUCAUGAAGAGUAAUAAUCCUUUCUUUAGCUGCAUCGAGUUCAAUACAUUUUUCACAAAUGAAGGUAUCCAUCUGACCUUUUCCCGUGACAACGACGAACAUUUAGCAUAUUAUACAUUUAAUAGCUUGCGAGUCCCCAGCAGAUUCGAAUGAGUUUUCACUGCUGCACGCCGACAGUCCAAGGGAACAAACAUUUCCCGGCUCCGCCGGGGACUUUGAUGCUCCCUCCAUGGCCGCGGACGCCCCCACCAGCCCCCCGCACAACUGUGUUGUUGUCUGUCUCUCGUUGAAUGUGAGAGCGAGAGAGAAGCGCAGGAUGUCUGGGUCAGUUAUCAGUGACAGGUCACCAACUGUUCCUUUCUACUCACCGGCACGGCUGAGUGUAUGUGUUCAGUGUAGCCUCUCAGAGCUGUGUCAGGCCUGUCCCUAGUGUCUGUAGUCGUGGGGGAUACAAAACAUACAAUUGCAGCAUUUACUGGCCAACAAUUGGAGUCACACUCACACGCUGGAAAUAAGCACUUUCCUUUAGUAGUUCUAUAGAGAGCGUUGUAUGAGUUGAGCUCUUUGCAGCCUGGCUCGGUUGGUGGUAUCCAGGUACUAACGUUUCCAGGGGGAAAAGUUGAAUGGAAAAAGUAGAGUGAGGAAUAAGAUGUGGGGACUUGGUGACAUCAGACAGACGGUGGCUAGACUCACAUGACUGGUAGCUAAUUGACUUAUGAUUGUUGUGCUGAUUCCCAUAAAGUGGUGCUCCAUGCGGUGACUGCUAAUGGAGACAACCAAGCAGCCUCUCUGGACAGCACAGACGUCAACAUGGAAGAGGGCUCAGACAACUGUCUGGACAUCACCGUAUGUCUCUGUCUCUCUCUCGCUCUCUCUCUCUCUCUCUCUCUCUCUGUCUGUGUCUCUGCUGUCUCUGUCUCUUUGUGUGUGUGUGUGUAUUAGCUGUCUCUGUAUCUGCCGUGUCUCUCUGUCUCUCUCUCUGUGUGUCUCUCUCUCUGUAUCUGCCGUGUCUCUCUGUCUCUCUCUCUGUGUGUCUCUCUCUGUAUCUGCCGUGUCUCUCUGUGUGUCUCUCUCUCUGUAUCUGCCGUGUCUCUCUGUCUCUCUCUCUGUGUGUCUCUCUCUGUAUCUGCCGUGUCUCUCUGUGUGUCUCUCUCUCUGUAUCUGCCGUGUCUCUCUGUCUCUCUCUCUCUCUCUCUGUAUCUGCCGUGUCUCUCUGUUUCUCUCUCUCUCUGUAUCUGCCGUGACUCUCUCUGUCUCUCUCUCUGUAUCUGCCGUGUCUCUCUGUGUGUCUCUCUCUGUAUCUGCCGUGUCUCUCUGUCUCUCUCUCUCUCUCUCUCUCUGUCUGUGUCUCUGCUGUCUCUGUGUGUGUGUGUGUGUGUGUGUGUGUAUUAGCUGUCUCUGUAUCUGCCGUGUCUCUCUGUCUCUCUCUCUGUGUGUCUCUCUCUCUGUAUCUGCCGUGUCUCUCUGUCUCUCUCUCUGUGUGUCUCUCUCUCUGUAUCUGCCGUGUCUCUCUGUUUCUCUCUCUCUCUGUAUCUGCCGUGACUCUCUCUGUCUCUCUCUCUGUAUCUGCCUUGUCUCUCUGUUUCUCUCUCUCUCUGUAUCUGCCGUGACUCUCUCUGUCUCUCUCUCUGUGUCUCUCUCUCUGUAUCUGCCGUGUCUCUCUGUGUGUCUCUCUCUCUGUAUCUGCCGUGUCUCUCUGUGUGUCUCUCUCUCUGUAUCUGCCGUGUCUCUCUGUCUCUCUCUCUCUGUCUCUCUGUCUGUAUCUGCCGUGUCUCUCUGUUUCUCUCUCUCUCUGUAUCUGCCGUGACUCUCUCUGUCUCUCUCUCUGUGUCUGCCGUGUCUCUCUAUUUAUCCAACUUUGCCUCUCACUCUUGUUUGUCUUUCUUUCCAUUUGUUCUCUCUCCUCCUUUGCUUUGUGUUCUGUUUUGGGGUCUCCUCAGUCUCUCGUCUCCUGAACAGCUAUUUGGAUGUAUUUGUUGUUGUUUAUAGUUUAAGAAUAUCCUCAAACCUCAGAUUUAAGUUCUGUAGUGUAGGGACAAUAUAAUCAAGUAAUGAGGAGUUAAUAUGGUAUUGAUGUCUUCUUGUUUUCUAGGAGGAUGUUUUGGUGGUGAAUAAGCCUCUCAAGUUAAUAAAAGGUAAGUAGCUCAGAGAAAUCUUAAGGAGCUCCAUGGCAUCCUGAAAUGAAUAACUAUGAGAAAAAUUUUGGCGUUUCUGAGUACAUAAAAUGCUAUCUUUUGUGUGAAUACACAUUGGAAUGAAAAUGGCUACUCUCUCUCUCUCUAGCCAUGGAGGGCACACCAUUAUCAACGCGUACCAGGAGUAGUGGACAUAAAAAGCGUGGCAGAGAAGAGAUGGAAGACUCUGAGGAGGAGAGCCUGCCUCUGAAGAUGAGCAGGUUAGACAAGGAGUCUCAGUGAAAUAGAAGCAUCCAUCAAAGUAUUAAUGAAAUGUAAGUACGAAAGCUUCCCAUUGGCUGAAAAUCAUAAUACCUCUGGUUUACUGUGUCUUCAGAUUGGAGGAGGCGGAGCCCACCACUACGGCUGUAGAGGGAGGAGAGGAGGAGGAAGGAAGAGAGGGGGGUGAGAUGGAGGAGUCUGGAGAGGCAGAGGCUGCUGUGGCCCCUGUAGAGGAGGCCAAAGCUCAGGUGAGAGGAUGAGGGAGGUGAUUAGGAUGAAUACAGCAUUAGAAAACAACAGUUCAUUUGGCUGUUCUGGGUUGCUUGUCAUCAUUCUGUUAUGUUACUAUGGUUACUGUUAGCGAAUAACCAGUCACUAUCAUAGCGUAUUUAACACUUGUUGGGCUAGGAAUCACACCCUAUUCCUUAUGGGCCCUGGUCAAAAGUAGUGCACUUUAUAGUUAAUAAGGUGCCAUUUCAGACACAGCCACUGCAUAGAGUGUAUGGUUAAUCAGUAAAAGGAGGCGUUGACCAUUGGUUGUGGCUUUUCUCUCCUCAGGAGGCUGAGGAGGUGAAAGGAGAACUGACUGAUGACCAGGGAGAGGAGGAUGAGGAGGUGCAGGAGGGAGUGGAGGUGGAGGGAGAGGUUGCCCUACAGGAGCCCGAUGCUGUGCUGGAGAACGGAACAACAGAGGAAGAUGUGGAAAUGAAGGAAGAAGAGGGGGAGGAGGCGAAAGAGGAAGACUCCAUUGAGGCUAAAGUAUGUGUUUCAGUGCCUCAGUUGGAAUGUGUUAAAUGGGUACAUUAUUGGAGCAAGGGGGUCACAGAUGAGACAAUUGUUGGAAAGUUCCUAUUUGUACUGUGGACAUGUUUCUACAGUACGUGUCAAAGAGAAUUGGGGAAUAUGUUUUUCACCACUGCACUUUUUUCUCUCUUUUUGUCCUCUGCAGGACACCGUAGAUGCAGCUUCUGUGGCAUCAGAGGAAUUGGCUGAGACGGAAGCUGUGGUGGAGAAGGAAGUGGAGAAGGAGGCUCCUCUCCUGUUAGUAGAAGAACCAGCCUCUGCUACAGAGAAGGCCCCCUCGCCUGCAGAGCCAGCCUCAGCAGAGUCCUCCAUCUCUGGGGAGGUGAGUGAGGAGGCAGGGGGCGAACCUCCAGCACCUUCAGAGGAGGCUGCAGCUACACCAAUGGAAGAAGGAGAGGAGCUAGAGGGAGAAAAGGAGGAGGAGGCGGAGAAAGCAGUGGAGGAAGACGAGAAAUCCAUGGAGGAGGCCAGCACAGUGGACAGCAGUAGCCAGGAAACGGUGGUCCAGGUGGGGGUAGCAGCCCUGUCCUACCAGCCUCUGGAGGAAGAAGAGAACCAGCCUCUCGCAGAGGAAGAAGGAGAGGAGGAGGCGAAGGAAGAGGUCAUGGUCAAAGAGGACAAAAAGAAAGAGGUAGAAGAGAUGGAGAACGUUUCAACCACAGAGGAUGAGAAAGAGGAGGUGGAGAGUGAGAGCUCAGACGAGGGUGGCGAGGGUAAGGUCCUUUGGAGGAGAGGUAGCGGCAGUGGCCAAGCGGCCCCUAAACGUAAAUCUAAGAGACUGAGCAGAGUGGUCAUGGAGCCCGAGGAGCAGGACACAGAGCAGCCGGAGGUCACGGAGGAAGAGGAGGAGAAAGCAACAACGACGGAGGAGGAAGAGGGGGCUGUAGAGAAGAGCUUGGCUGAGGAAGUGGAGGAGGAAGAGGAGCAGCCGCCAGUGAUUGACCAGAGGGCAUUGAGGAGGAAGAGCCGACAGGUCCAGACUCCAAAGAAAGCCAAAGGGAAACGAAGCAUCAAGAUAUAA